AUGCCAUCUUCAAAGACCUUCGAUCCAUCUUCCCUCUCUUCCAUCCCCGAGACCCCAAGUGCUCCCAAGUCAUCCGAAUCCAAGAGCGAUGAUCAGAAGGGCGUCUCCGGAAAACAGCACCCCUUCGUUCACGGCCCUCUAGUCGAGCGAUCGAAGGCCACGCGCCGAACCUACCAUCGACCCAUCUCCAAGACCGAGCUCCAAGCUCUCAAGAUGGCCGACACGCAUGCCCCGGCGAACGACUCAACCUCCCGCCUCAACCCCCCACACCCGGCACUCCAUACCGCAGACCUGCCUCCCGAGAACCCGCGCCGGACAUCCUCACAGUCUCGACGGUCCGAGAGCGGUGCCCCGCCCCAGCCUUCCCUCGACCCCGCCGGCUUCUUCACCCUCGUCACGAACACCAAGUUUGGCGCCACAGCCUCGACGAGCCAGCAAACACACCACCCGCGCGUGCAGUACAUAUUCGCAGACGACGAUCCCGCCGUCCUGACCGCCGCGCUCGCCGACUCGCACGCCCGAAACCAGGCCGCGUCGUCGUCGUCGUCGUCGCACAGCGCCUCGAAGCCGAAGAACCAUGCCAUUCUCGUCGAUGUCGCACCGGUCGAGGAUGGGAAGACGGGAGACUCGGCUUCGUGGCGGGUGACUUCGGCGUCGAGCCUCAGCGGAGACUUUGCCGUGACAGAUGCGAGGAUCACGAGGAUCGAGGAUUCAUCGGCCGCCCGGGGCCCUAAAGCGGACGCCGAGGGACAGAGCGACGCCGAGGAGGAUGACGGCGGAGCAUUGAUGCUGAAGAUUGAGGGGGUUGAGAUGACGGGAGACGACACGACUGGUUCGCUGGGCGAGUCGCUGCCCGGCUCGCAGAGCUCGGUCAAGAGCGGCGGCGGCAGCAAGGAAGACUACGCUGCUCUUUUGGAAGAGUUUGACAAGCACAUGGUCAUCCUGAAGAAGGUUGUCGCUGCGGGCGAAGAGAGGGCUGUGAAGACUGAGCCUGUACAUAUGGAGGAGGUGCCGCUACCGCCGCCGCAGCAGCAGCGCGAGGGCCUUGACGAAGACAAGGAUGAUCAGGCCGAGGCAAAGGCCCACGAUGACAAGGGCAAAGGCAGGGCUUCCGAGUGA